ACCAAGCGAUUCUAUGACUCUAAGCCGGCUGCGCGGCAGGUCCCGCGGAGCCUGGAGCCGGCAUUCCCGAAGCGCACGGCUCGCCCCUUGGUCUGGGCCGCCGCGGCGGGACGAGGGCGGCGCCGGGCUCGCUGCCCUCACCCGCCAUGGCGGCCGCGGCGUCGGGGCCGCCGGAAGCGGUCGCGGCAGUGACGGCGCGGCGGGCGCGCGGGGCCGCGGCCAUGAACAGCCGCCUGCAGGAGAUCCGCGAGCGGCAGAAGCUCCGGCGGCAGCUCCUGGCGCAGCAGUUAGGAGCCGAGAGCGCGGACAGCAUCGGCGCGGUGCUCAACAGCAAGGAUGAGCAGCGGGAGAUCGCCGAGACGCGGGAGACGUGCCGGGCUGCUUAUGAUACAUCUGCACCAAAUGCAAAGCGCAAAUACCCAGAUGAAGGAGAAGCUGAUGAGGAAGAGAUUGAAGAAUAUAAGGAUGAGGUAGAGCUGCAGCAAGAUGAUGAGAACCUGCCCUAUGAAGAAGAGAUUUACAAGGAUUCCAGUACCUUUCUUAAGGGUACUCAGAGCCUAAAUCCGCACAACGAUUACUGCCAGCACUUUGUGGAUACAGGACACAGACCCCAGAACUUCAUCAGAGAUGUUGGCUUAGCAGAUAGGUUUGAAGAAUAUCCGAAACUUAGAGAGCUCAUCAGAUUGAAGGAUGAGCUGAUAUCUAAAUCUAACACUCCGCCCAUGUACUUACAGGCAGACUUGGAAGCUUUUGAUAUUAGGGAACUGAAGUCCAAAUUUGAUGUGAUUCUCCUUGAACCACCACUGGAAGAAUACUACCGAGAGACUGGCAUCACUGCCAAUGAAAAAUGCUGGACCUGGGAUGAUAUCAUGAAAUUGGAAAUUGAAGAGAUUGCAGCCCCAAGGUCGUUUGUGUUUCUGUGGUGCGGUUCAGGCGAGGGUCUGGAUCUUGGCCGAGUGUGUCUGCGCAAGUGGGGUUACAGAAGAUGUGAGGACAUUUGUUGGAUUAAAACAAAUAAGAACAAUCCUGGAAAGACCAAGACUCUAGACCCUAAGGCUGUUUUCCAAAGAACUAAGGAGCACUGUCUCAUGGGCAUUAAAGGAACUGUGCGGCGCAGUACAGACGGUGACUUCAUCCAUGCUAAUGUUGAUAUUGACCUCAUCAUCACAGAAGAGCCCGAGAUAGGCAACAUAGAAAAACCUGUAGAGAUUUUUCACAUCAUUGAGCAUUUCUGCCUCGGACGACGACGUCUUCAUCUGUUUGGAAGGGACAGUACAAUUCGACCAGGUUGGCUGACUGUAGGACCCACCCUCACAAACAGCAAUUUCAAUGCAGAAACGUAUUCUUCGUACUUCACCGCUCCAAAUUCCCACCUGACCGGCUGCACCGAGGAGAUCGAGAGACUUCGGCCCAAGUCACCACCACCCAAGUCCAAGUCUGACCGGGGCGGUGGUGCUCCAAGGGGAGGAGGACGAGGAGGGACCUCAGCGGGUCGAGGAGAAAGGGGCAGAGAGAGGAACAGGACUAACUUUCGAGGCGAGAGGGGUGGCUUCAGAGGGGGGCGGGGAGGUACCCAUAGAGGAGGCUUCCCCACCCGCUGAUGACUGUUAGGUAACUGCUUCUCUCCCUGGUCCUGUCUCUCAUCUCUGAACCUUUUUAUUAGACUUUUCUUUGCUAAGGUGAAUUUGCUAGAUGACUUUUUAACUUGUUUGUGGUGCAACCAGUCACAGGUGUCUGCCUUCCAGCGACCGGCCCCACUCCCGGCAGGCAGGGCCCUGCACUGAACUGCCUCCUGACAGCUGCUCUUCGUCAAAGAAGAGCGCGCCAUCUCUUCGAACCACGGAUGGGACUGAAGCGAAGAUACUUGCUCUUCCCGUAGGAUAUUUGCAAGUUGUCAGCUUUAUUAACUCCAAAAUGUGGAUUCCUCUUCUGUCUUUGGAGGUUCAGGUUUGGACUGACUUGGAUUACUAAGUUGGAGUGGGCUUUUUAUGCAGUUCCAAAUUGCAUGGUCAUAGCAGAUUUACCCUCUUAUUCAUGGAAGAAAAAGUGCUGUGUCUUAUACUGACACCUAUUUUAACUUCUCUGAAGCCAAGGUGCAUAUGGAAUAAAUAGAAUUCUAUUUUUUCUUAUUUGGUUUACAUUUCCUGAAUUAUUCCUGGGACUAGGGAACAAGUUUAAUUUGUUGUGUAGAUGCGCUCACUUUUCAUUCCUGUAGUGGGAAGAGUGGCAGUUCUGUGCAGUCAUGAUUGUGCUUCACAGAAGGCACUUGUGCAUUUGUACAGAGUCCAGAAUUUCUGCAUAGGUCUGGAUUUGUUCUUGUGUAGGAAUUUUCACCCAACAUCUGCCCUUUGUUCUUCGCUACGGAAAACCUGUUGUAGUGCAGAGCAAUUGCAGUGUAAGUAGUGGGAAGACCUCGUUGGAGUCCAUAUUGGAAAUGUGAGGCAAUGUUGUGAGUGCUCCCUGAAAUUAAUCACACGGGUAAUGAGGGUGCAGUGAUGGAACAGAGUGUUUCAUUUCGCCUGUGGAUUUAUGUGCAUUGGAAAUAGUCUGUUGGUGAUGAGCUCCCGAGGACAAUGUGAAAAGAAAGUGCCUCAUUUUGGUAUGUAUGGUGUUUGUUUUUAGCAAAACCACAACUCGGCCAACGCUUGGCAGACUGAACAGACCGACUGCUGAAGUCUCAAAACCCGAGGUGCUGGAAAAUAGGCUUUUAAGUCUCAUAAUGGUUCUCUGUUGAAGCCAAGGUUUUAAAUAACUGUCUUGUAAAGUAGUGGAUUAUUAAACUUGUUUAUCGAAGCUAACAUCGAAAUAUUUUUCUUAAUAUUUUGUGGGUUUGUUCUCCUUGAGGUUUUAGAAUUACUUUUACUGUAGAUUCUUCCCUGCUGUUGUAAAAGCACCGGCAGGAACUUUGCUUUUGGUGUGUGAAACCUUAGCACAUGAAUUUUUAGGAUUGGGUCAACUUUGCAGUCUUGGUAAUGGUGUUACUGAGGGAUUGUGGAGGUGCAAAGGCAAAUUGCCUGUUGCUUAUAUGUUGUUUUGUUCUGUGCUGUAGUCGCAGUUCAGUAGCUGUGGGUGUGUUGCUUUUGUGCCGGUGACAAAUCUUUUCAAGUAGUAGAAAAAUGUUUGAGGUUCUUCCCCUGCGUGGUGUCAUGAGCACAGGCUCAGUGUGCAUAUUCGCAGGUACUGAAUGCUGUGUGUUCUGCGGAGUGGAAUUUAGGAUGUGAACUAAUUUUCAUCCAACAGUGGAAGUUACAUGGAUUAGUUUGAGAGUACUCAGGUUCUCAGUAGGAGAUAGAAAUAUUCAGAAUGCACUCUAGAAUAAAAUAAAUGAACACUUACUUACAGCCCAUUACAUUGAAAACAAAUAGAAGUCUUGGGUUUUGAAUGUGUUUUUUAAUGGAUACAUUGAGUAACUGCAAAUGAUGAUGAGACCUACUUUUCCUGUAUGUAGUGGAACAAAUGAUUUCUCCUUUCAGAAUUCAUAAAGUUGGUGAUAACUUUAUUGCAGCAAUAGAAUGGCCCAGCGGAAUGGGAUGAAUGUCAGCUUAAUAACAUGGAAGAAAAGUGCACUAAUCCUUUUCAUAAUAAGGUCAUUCUCAUGGGUGAAAAAGCAAGCAGUAGGUAAGCUCUGUGGUGAAACAGGAAGUAAUUUUGAGUUAUAAUUAUUGCAGCUAUUAAAAAAGAGAAAAAGGUCUAACUACUGUACAUCUGAAUUGAAUAUUAUAGUCCUGCCAUUUAUGCUGGAGACAGGAAUUGCACUUGUAAUAUUUCUGUGUGAUUACAAUUGUUGCAACAGCUGCUCUAUAAACUUGUGUCUGUAUCUCGGUGCUAGUUUAGCUGUUACAAUGUCUUACUGUAGAUAACACUGACUGUAUGUGCAAGGCAAGUAUAGCUCUGUCCUAUUGCGCCUUUGUUCUGAACAGCACCUCUGUCUGAAACCCUGGCUCUCCGCGGGCUUUGCCAGUGCACAGGUAAGUGCGGGCUGUGCACUUUGCUGCACAAUGCUCAGUGUAGAACAGGUUCCCCUAAAGCACUUGGUCAGUGUUGCUUGCAUGGCCUGAACUGACCGAGCAGAGGAUGCGUGUGGUGGUGAUGCAGAUGUGAUCUCCGUGGAGUACGGUAAGGAACACUUAUUGCAGCUGACAUGAACUUUGUUCAGCAGCUGAGCAUGAACAUUUUUUUCUAAUUACACUGCGAUACUCUGUGAGAAGUGCUGCAUCUUCCCACUUGAUCAGUGGGGUAAUGAGAUUUUUCUAAAACGGGUUACUUGCCAGGCUGGUUUGGCGUGUUUGAGACCUCAAUGGAGCAGUUACUCUGGGUGAUGCUAACAGCAGGGGACACUGAAAAUGCUGUCAUGCAGGUAAGCUUGCCUGGCUUUAAAGUCAGAGUAGGAGGCUGUGACUCUCAGGGGUCUUUACUGUUGUUGGAUGUGUGGCAUUGUUUAUGCUGUGUAGGAAUUGCAUAUAUAUAUAUACACACAUAUAUACAUUAUACACAACUCCUUUACAUUUACGUGACCCCUGCAGCCACCUGCAU